AUGGCCUUCCCUGCGACUGUACUUCCGAACAUUGGGUUCUGGAGUGUGAGCAAUGGAACAUGGGAGUACCAGAUCCAGCUGUCAUGGCCGUUGAACUGGACUACUCCUCUUGAGAAUUCCACGGUCGAGACUAUUUAUAUCCUCGAUGGCAACGCCCAGGGCCUCCCAGCAACCGAAGCGGUCCGCGGUCACCGGCCAGUAGAGUUCAACCAACCAGACAUCAUCACCGUACCGAUUGGCGAUCCUGAGACAAUCGAAGACUCGCCCUACAUUCCCACGAUCCCCGGUGUCCCAUCCAAUGCCGACGACCUAAUCUCUUUCAUCGACACUACGCUGCACCCAUGGGUACAGACAGAGGUUUCCAAAGCCGCUAUAUUUGACAGAGACGCGCUGUUCGGUCAUUCAUUCGCCGGCUUGUUCGUUCUGUAUACCCUGACCGUGCGACCUGAUCUCUUCGACACGUUUCUCUCCGCUUCGCCUGCGCUGUACUGGAACGGCGAUUACGUCUUCAAUCACACCGACUUCCUCGCGCUGCUCAAAGCUAACGCUACAUCCGUGAGCAACGGUACCAAGCCGGCGUUGCAGCUCAGCCGUGGCGGGCUCGAGCAAUACCCGAAACAGAGACGGAGGGAGACAGAUGAAGAGUUUGAGUUCAGGAAGAGCAUUCUUGUACCGCAGAGGAUGACCAAUCUCACGGAUACACUUUAUUCACAGCUCGCUGGUAGUCCAUUACUGAGGGAUGUUGAGCUCAGCGUAUUCCCAAACAGCUAUCAUAUAACGGUGGGCGGUGCUGCCUUCAGUGACGGAAUCGACUACUUCCUUGACUGGUGA